AUGGUUUUGGCCAUGGCGUCUCAGGAUGCUCAGAACUUCUUCCAGCCUCUCUCUUCCUGGAUAUCUCGGGUUUAUGAAGCUCUCCAGCAAGCAGGAGAUAUGUUAUCUGCUUCGCUGGUUAACUUAAGCAAACAAGACUCUAAAUUGAGUGACAAGCUAGACCAGGACUUAGAUGAUAUUCAGAUUCAGAAAGCUUACUUUGAAGAUGAAGAACAAGGCAAUGAUUGGCGUCAAGAGGAUGCAAAUCCCUUGUUUCUUGAAGUGGAUCAUUUCUCCUGUUGUAAUAGUGAUUUGCAGGACUCUGCCCAAAGUUUGAGCCCCAGACUUAGCCAACAUGCAAAGGACUCAUGUUCCAUAAUGUCCCAGUGGCCCAGUCAGACCCUUGAUGACCAAAAGCUACCACAUGUGCUUUCUUCUAUUGCUGAGGAAGAACAUCACCUUGAAAAACAAAAGAGUGACCUUCAACACAGCUUUAACAGCCAGCAAUCUGGUAUUUUAGAAAAUGUUAAUGGAAAAAAGCAAGUUAACAGCUUUGGAGAUGAUGAGGAGCCAUGCACGUCUUCUGAUAGUGACGAAGAGGUGAUCAAACAAUUUGAGAUUUCUGUGUCCCGGUCCCAGAGUUUCCAUUCAGAAGCAUCUGAGAAAGGAAAGCAGGUGGGAUUGGAGCAGAAAUCAAAAUUCAGCCGCCUGCUCUCUACCUGUGAGGAGGAUAACAGAAAAGUGUCUGCCUGUGAAGAUUUGGAUGGAGCCAGCCAGCUGAAUUACUCUGAGAAUCUGUCCUAUGGUGAAGAUGAUCCCAUUUCCGCCCACUCACAAGCCCCAUGUGAGGUGGGGAACAGCAGACACCAUGGUGCAUCUCCCCAAGAGACCAAUGUGCCUCGAGGCCUCCGUCGCCAGUCCACAGAAGGCAGCGUGGAAUUGGAGACAGCUUUUAAUAACCGGGGAUUUGAAGAUUCCUAUGCUACUGACAGCUCCUCCAUGUGGAGUCCAGAGGAACAGGGUGGGGCCAAUUUGCAGGUGCCAACUGGGGUCUUGGAGCCCAUCUCAAAAUGUGGUGACCUGGAUGUCAUCUUUGAAUAUAGAGCUUCCAGCCAGAAGCUCACGGUGACCAUUGUGAGAGCACAGGGCCUCCCAGAUAAGGACCGAAGUGGUGUUAACUCCUGGCAAGUUCAUGUGGUGCUGCUGCCCAGUAAGAAACAGAGGGGCAGGACAAGCAUACAAAGAGGCCCCAACCCUGUCUUCAAGGAGAAGGUCACCUUUGCUAAGCUGGAGCCCAGAGAUGUGGCUGCCUAUGCUAUCCGCUUCCGCCUGUAUGCUGCCCGCAUGAUGACCCGUGAGAGAAUGAUGGGAGAGAAGCUCUUCCAUCUCAGCCACCUGCACCCAGAAGGGGAAAUGAAAGUGACUCUGGUUCUGGAGCCAAGAAGUAAUAUCAGUAGUGGAGAGUCUCCGCUGAGCCCAUCUGCAGUUUCUCACAGUGAUAGUGCUUCAUCCACGCAGUCGCUGUCUCAUGGAGGGGUGCCAGAGCUAUUGGUGGGGCUGGCAUACAAUGCCACAACAGGGCGAUUAUCUGUGGAAAUGAUCAAAGGCAGCCAUUUCCGAAACCUCGCUGUGAAUAGAGCGCCUGAUACUUAUGGAAAGCUCUUUCUUCUCAAUUCUGUGGGUCAAGAGAUGUCCCGUUGUAAGACGUCCAUUCGACGUGGUCAACCCAAUCCUGUCUAUAAGGAAACGUUUGUUUUCCAGGUGGCCCUCUUUCAGCUCUCUGAUGUCACAUUGAUGAUUUCCGUUUAUAACAGGCGUACUAUGAAGCGUAAAGAGAUGAUUGGUUGGAUUGCUCUGGGCCAAAACAGUAGUGGAGAGGAAGAACAAGACCAUUGGGAGGAAAUGAAGGAAACCAAAGGUCAGCAAAUCUGCAGGUGGCACACCUUGCUCGAAUCCUAGUUUUGCCAACAGGCAUUUGCAUGCUACAUCUGCCCCAGUGACCAGUGUUAUGGCCAUUGAUACCAACCCAGCAUAUGCUGGUAGGCAUUUUAAAGACAGGCUUACAAAUAGGUAUUAGAAUCUACUAACCUCUGGGACAUUCUAAGCAGGAUCUUUGGGUCUCUCCAAGGUUUGAUUUGGUUCAGUUAUUGUAAUUUUUAAAAAACCACAUACACGGUCAAGUGUACUUUAUGGAAAAUUAACCACAGUUAGGAACAGUGAUGAUGAGUUAAUUUGUGUUAAUAUAUUAUUGAGUCUGGGUUCAGCCAGUGGAAUGAAGCUUCUCUUGCUGUCUCUAUUUGCUUGAAGAGUCCCCUGAGAUUACAAGGGAGCUGUUAAAUCUCACUAUUGUAACCAGGUAUGUGUAUCAAUCAGAAUUUUGUUAAUAUGGUGCCAAAAAAUUCCUUACUGCAGAAAUGAAUAAGAUGCCUAGGUUCAUAAGAGAAUGUAACUGUCAUCCUUAAUCCCCUGUUUUACAUUUUUCUCUUUAUGAAGAAAACUCCUUAUUUACCUAACAAAUAAAUGUUAUAAAUUCGUACUUACAAAACAAAUUUUUGUUCAUUAAAUACCUUUCUUUCUCAUUUAUGUAUUGCGGUUUCCUAUGAGAUUUGGUUAGAUGAAUAAUUUUGAAGGUAAAACAAUUGAAAAAUACUGUUGAAAGAUAUCUUGUCUCCUUUUAAUAUGUAGGAUUUCCAACUUAUAAUUUUCAUAGUUUUUAUGCUAUUUUUCUCACCUCAUAAAUUCUUACAGAAUAAGAAGAAAACUAAAAACAAACAAAAAACCUAUUUAAGUCAUGGAUUUGUUGAUUUUCUGAAUCGAAUGUUCUCCUUUAGAUUAUACUUUUUCUAUAUUCAGUGAUAUAUACUCAUACAAAUAUUUUGAAUGUCCACCUGCAUGUAAACCAUAUUCUUUUUUAUGUAAUUAUCUUCCAUCAUUAGAGCAUAGUAAAUUGUACACAAUGGGUCCUUAAUAAAUGUUGAUUUAAUUGACUCUGAAAAAUAAACAUGUUAUGAUACCUGUGAAUGAAGAAA